AACCUUUACACAUCAAAUACAAUCAAAAUGCCCGGCGCAAAGUUCACCGAGACGUACGAGAAGGUCAGCAAGAUGGGCGAGAAGCUCAAGGCUGCUGGCAAGUCUGGACCCAGCAACGACGAGCAGCUACACCUCUACGCGUACGCCAAGGUCGCCCAGGGCCAGGACUUCAGCGCCGCGAAGAAGCCCGGCAUGUUCGACUUGACUGGUAAGGCCAAGUACAACAAGUGGAAGGAGGUCGUCGAUGCUGGUACCAGCCAGCAGGAGGCUGAGGACAAAUACGUCGAGUUGGGCGAGCAGCUUGUGGCCAAGUACGAUUCUUAGAUUCUGAAAGGAGGAUAGGAAUGCGGAAUGUGGCUGGCAUACAUACGUAUAAAUGAAUGAGUGCAUGCUCCAAGGAAAGUCGUGAAGGUGUGAAGUACAAGGUUAUGCUCCUGGGGUGACACUCUUGGAUGAGACUGACUUGGAAGUUCUCCGUCUUUCUCCAUUUCGAUCGUUCACAUACGCAAUUCUAUAUCUUAAAAAUCCGCACAAGA